GAGUAAACAAUGGAAGUCUAUAAAGCUGGUGGUGUUCUCAGUUCUCAUUGGCGGGUUCGCUGUCCUUGAGCUCAUCUGCGGUGUGACCUUCAACAGUCUGGUACUCUUAGCAGACUCUCUGCACAUGACCAGUGAUCUGGCCGCACUAGCUAUCAGUUUCAUGACUGUUCGUCUCUCCGAUACGCCCCCGAACAACGAGUAUACCUACGGAUGGGCGCGGCUUCAAAUCGUUGGCGCUCUGGCCAAUUCUUUGUUUUUAAUGGCUAUCUCGUUCCUUAUGUACAUUGAGGCUGCUGGGCACAUCAUCACCAAGGAGACUAUCCAUGAACCCCUAGCCAUUUCCGCGGUAGGGUGUGUAGGCCUGGUAGUAAAUACGUUUGGCAUGACAUUGUUUGGCCAUGGCCAUAGUCACUUCAACUGUUUCAGUUGCCCCAAAUUCUUCAGCCGCGGCGCCUCUAAAAACUCAUGA